GACCGGACUAGAGUCAUAUCUCGUGAUUCUGGCAGACAAACCCAUCCAAUAACCAAUAAAUAAUAAAUGUGAGCCAUAACGGCAGCCGAUUCAUACACUAUAUUAGGAUAUAUCUCGGAGGUUCAUUCGCCGAAAGAUAGCACUCACGUCGUGUACAAGCAAUCGUUGUAAGACAACCCAUCGAUCCCUUGCGCUGUAUCCAUCUGUCCAGUCGUAAGAUAUAACAUCCCCACUGCAUAUGCUCCUUCGCAGCAGCCAUCGCCAUUUGCUUAGAACUGCGUUCACUAUCUCGCGAUCAAAGCCCCUCCACAAACCCAUCCUCCCAUCUUCUACCAUGUCCCAGGGAGUUGGAUACUCUUCUUUGACCGAACAGGUCACUUCAGCUGCUGCUGCUGCUUCCCGAACUGUCUCCGAUCUUGUCAACAAGUACACUGUACAUGACAUUGCAAAGACGGGUUUUGGUGAGGGUACCAAUGACUUUUACAACGCUGCUCGGCCCUCAUAUCCUGCUGGUGCCCUUCAAGUGAUUCACUCUUCUCUUCCCUCCCAUCCCUUGAAAAUUGUUGAGCCCGGGUCUGGCACGGGUAUCUUCUCCCGUCUCCUCCUUGCUCCUCCUAACCCUACUUAUCCUUCCUUCUCCAUCGACACUCUUGUUGCCGUCGAGCCCAGCGAAGGUAUGAGGAACUCUUGGUGGAAGGCUCUGGAAAAGGCUGGAUUGGGCAAAAGAGAAGAGAAUGAAGGUGGCAAGGGUGAGAAAAAGGUUGGUACUGUUGAUGGAGGUUUUGAUUCAUUCGGCGGUGCCAGGGAGUACGGCGUAACAGAAGUGCAGAAUGGCCAAGGUGGUGUAGACGGAGUGGUUAUUGCCCAGGCGUGGCAUUGGUGUCCUGACUACGACAAAGCUUUGCGAGAGAUUGCCGCGUAUCUCCGACCAAAUGCCCCCCUCAUUCUCAUUUGGAAUCUGGAGGCUAACAACCCACAAUGGCAAGCCGACCUUCGCGAAGCCUAUCAAGGCUACGAUCUUGGUAGUCCCCAGUACUACAAGGGCCUUUGGCGCAAAAUGUUUGAGACCCCCGCUUACAAGGAACUCUUUGACUCUUCCGAGGAGCACACUAUUCCUUGGUCUGUUGGCAUCACCGAAGAUGGCAUGUUGGACAGGUUGUUUAGCAAGAGUUACCUCACAGAGCAGCAUUUGAACGGAGAAAGGAGAGAAGAGUUUAUCAGAAAGAUAAGGGACAUCGUCCGUCAAGCUCCUCAUGAGUGGAUCGACAAGGAAAAGGGAACAUUCAAGUACGAUUACAACACCGAUAUUGUCAUUUGUAGACGCAAGGCGUAGGAAGCUGUCUUUUGACCCAAGCUUUAGAGUCAAGUCGGGCAUUAAAGAUAGGCCUGAAGACAAUCUGGACUGAAAUGCAUGAAAAAUAAUUAUUCUUCACAACGUCUCUAUUCGCCCCUUAAAUCCAUUUUGAGUGGCAUCUGUCAUGAACCUCGAUCAUUGAUCUCUUAGGUGACGUAUUCACACUCAUACCGUCCCUUGUCUCCUUUAACCUAUCAAACCAACUUGAUAUUCACAUAUUCUCUCCUCCACAUACACGCGAUUGGUCUCAACCCAAGUUACGCCUUUUUCUCCCCACCUGCGGUGGCGUU